CCACCAUUUCGCUAAUUGGGAUUCCUCAGCAAGGCCUCGGGAACAGCCACUGGCCUUCUGACCAGCGACUUGCACAGUACCGAUCGAGGUGUCAUAUCCAAGACUCGCUUAUUUGGCCAAACUCAUUGGAUGAAUGGCGCAAUGUUGUUACGACCCAUGCUCGAAAGUUUCGAGCGUCUUGUUCAAGAUAAAUCCUCACAAGCAUUAACAAUGCUCAGUGAAUGCAAGUCGUUGGCUAGGAAUAUCAAAGCCCACAGAAAUCCUGAUAUUUCAGUGCUCUCAUUAGCUAGCCUCCCAACCAAAGAAAUAGCCGAUAGAUUGAUUGAUGGCUACCUACGGAGUUCUGAGUCUAUCUUCAGGGUUCUACACAUUCCGUCUUUCAAGAGAGAAUAUCAAGGCUUCUGGUCAGCUGUGGCAGAUGGGACUUCCAACACACCUGCUGUUUACCGUCUCCAGGUCAAGUUAGUGAUGGCCAUUGGAGCAGCAACUUUUGAUAAAGACUUCUCCCUGCGAGCCACUGCUGUCCAAUGGGUACAGGAAGCGGAGACAUGGCUUUCAAGGCCGUCUUCUAAGUCUCGUCUUAGUAUACCUGCUCUGCAAGCCACGAUUUUGCUUCACAUAGCUCGUCAAACUACCGGUAUUGGAGCUGAUCUGAUUUGGAUCUCGACUGGGACUUUGAUACGAACAGCGAUUGCUAUGGGCAUGCACCGUGAUCCCAAAAAGCUUCCGAAGACGUCAUUAUUUUCCACCGAGAUCCGCCGAAGAUUGUGGAAUACCAUUCUUGAGAUUGCUGUUCAGUCUAGCAUUGACUCCGGGGGUCCUCCUAUGAUUUCGUUGACCGAUUUUGAUACUGAACCGCCUGAUAAUCUCGAUGACAUGCAUUUGACGACAGAAGAUGAACAUAUUGCACCACAGGCAGUGGAUAUUUACACUCAAGUAUCAGUGGCAAUUGCUAUGCGUCGUACAUUUCCGAUUCGUCUAGCCAUUGCCAAGGCUCUGAAUGAUCUCCGACCAACAAAAUUGUCAUACCAUGACUUGAUCAGAAUAGACGCAGAAUUGAGAGAGGCGUAUAAACAAUUGAGCAGGCAUCUGCACGGGUUCAAGGAUCAUACCACUGGGCCUUACGAGUUGCGCUUCGUUGAUCUCAUCAUUCGCCGGUACUUCCUAGCCCUCCACUUACCAUUAUUUGGACCAGCCCUCCAUGACGCAACCUUUGCCUAUUCCAGAAGGGUCGUAAUUGAUACAGCUACGAAACUUUGGCAAACUACUUCGGGCGCAGAUGAUCUAGCUUCAUUAUCAGUAUGCGGGGCUGGAUUUUUCAGGACGAUUCCGAUUCAAGCGGCUUUAGUAAUUGCAGCAGAACUUCGGGCACAACUGCUAGAAGAAGAAUGUCUUGGUCCAAGGACUGCGCGACCAGACCUAGUUGCCAUAUUGAAAGAGUCGAAAGAUUGGAGCCUGAAACGUAUUGAAGCCGGCGAAACAAAUAUCAAGGGGCACCUUUCAAUAUGUGCGCUCAUCGCCCAAAUAGACGCAAUAGCGCAGAAUUUGUCGGAUAACGAAGGAUAUCAGUCCUUUGUUGCUAGCGUCCAACAAGCAUUGCACAGGUGCUUAGCAAUAUUACAGGCAGCUAGCCAUGUUGCAACGAUAUCCGACAGCGCAAACGAGGUGGAAGAAGAUUGGGAAAUGCCUGAUUUUCAGUUUGGUGUGCCAGAGUCCGAGGGAUUCUUCUCGUUCGCGCCCAACUGGCUGUUGGGCGAUAUAUUACCAAAUGUAGCCCUUUGAAAGAGCUUCUCCGCAGCAAUAACAUUGCCGCAAAUAAUGAUAUUCUGGCAACUGGAAGAUUGUGCUUUCUGGGAAACCACUUAGAUUCAACUGGCCCUGAGUGUAUAUUCCCAAAGCAAUCUGGCACGAAAACCCAAAUAUCUAUAAACUUAUACCAUACUCCAGAUAUCUCUCUGA